UUAUGGAGCUGUGACUCAUCCAGUUCCUGCUCCGUCCAGUCAGAGCGCGACUUUAUUCUCGGAAUCAUCACCUCCUGCGCGUGUGGAGACCAACUUCUGCGUCCGGAGCGCGGAUCGCCGUCCCGGGACCCGAUCCUGGAAUAACCCAGAGCCACAGACGGAACCUUUUUACCUCAGUGGGACAUGAAACAUGCGAAGCCUCAGUCAGAGAGUCUCAGCCGGCACCAAACUCAGACACGCGCCAACUCCCUUGGCGCGUUUCGGUUGUUCCUCCACUGAGCGCACACUCAUCCAGCAGAAACAGCAGAAACAGCAGCAGCAGCAACAGCAGCAGCAGCAGCCGUGACCAUGACUUCAGCUCUGCCCGCCUCUAAAGCCAUCUACAUCGGGAUGGAGGUGGUGAUCGCGGUGUCCUCGGUCAUCGGCAACGUGAUGGUGGUGUACGCCGUGCGCAUUAACAGAUCUCUGAGAGACACCACCUUUUAUUUCAUCGUCUCCCUGGCCUUGGCUGACAUUGCAGUGGGUGCUCUGGUCAUCCCGCUCGCCAUCACCAUCAGCAUCGGACUGAAGACGCACUUCUACAGUUGCCUGCUGGUCGCCUGCACUGUGCUCGUCCUCACGCAAAGUUCCAUCCUGGCGCUGCUGGCCAUCGCCAUCGACCGCUACCUGAGAGUUAAAAUACCCAUGAGCUACAAGCAGGUCGUGACCCCUCGACGAGCAGGCACGGCCGUGUUGUUGUGUUGGCUGGUUUCCAUCAUAGUGGGCCUCACGCCAAUGCUCGGCUGGAACAACCUGAAUCGUCUCCGUGACAACGGCUCCCUGAUCACCGAUGACCUUGUGGUGAUCUGUGAGUUUGAGACCGUCAUCAGCAUGGACUAUAUGGUCUACUUCAACUUCUUUGGCUGGGUGCUGCCCCCUCUGUUGCUCAUGCUGGCCAUCUAUGUGGAGAUUUUCUACAUCAUACACAAGCAGCUCAACAAGAAGGUGACAGCGAGCCACACAGACCCGAGGCGUUACUUUGGCAAGGAGCUGAAACUGGCCAAGUCGCUGGCGCUUGUUCUUCUCCUCUUCGCGGUCAGCUGGCUUCCUCUACACAUCCUCAACUGCAUCACUCUCUUCUGCCCGGCCUGCGACAAGCCAAUGUUCCUCAUAUACAUCGCCAUCAUCCUCAGCCACGGCAACUCCACCGUCAAUCCCAUCAUUUACACGUUCCGCAUCAAGAAAUUCCGCACGGCGUUCCGCAAAAUCUGGAAACAGUACGUCCUUUGUCAGGAUCAAGUGGGUCGGCUCCCUCAAAGGGGGAGCCGGAGAGGACAGAGUCACGAGAGUCGGCUGAAGCAGAUUUAUGACGAUGACGACGAUGUGUGAGCUUUGCCAACUAAUUGCUGUGUCGCUGCAAAGUUUCACUCCAGUGGCUGCAGAAUGGAAAGGACACUUGAGGGGUCGUAAUUGCCCUAAUGGCAGCGAAGGAUGUCAGAGGGAUUACAUGGACGACAGGACUUCAUCGCGGACUGAAUGAUUUUCCUCCUUCCAACACGCUUCAAGAGGACAAAUCAGCGACGGUGACGAGCUGUGCGAUCCUCAAUCAGACUUUGAUUUAGACUGAUUGUUUUACCGCUGGAUGAAAAAAAACAAAGCGAUUGUUUCAUACGGGACAAGGGGCUUCUUUUCAGUUUCAACAUAAAUCUGUUGAACUUGAACCAGUAAGUAUACUGUAUAUUGUAUCUGUAGCACAUUAUGAUACAAUGAUGAUAUAUCCUUACAAUCUUAUCUGUACUUAAACUCAUGCCUUUUUUCAAAUAGUUAAAGUUGUAGUGCAUAACUUUGAGAUAAAAACAAAUGUCUGUGAAAUGCGGACCACAGUGAUUAUUAAGCCUUUCAGCUUCCACAUGAAUCUCUCUCCGUGUUUCUUGGUAUAUCUGUGUUUAGAUCCCUCACUGCACACAGGAAGUGAUUCGGUUUUUAUGUCAAGACAGACGUUGGAGUAUGAAAACAUCAAGUGGCCAUGUAAAGUGGAUUCUACUGCUCAAAAAAACCCUUGCUCAUUCGUCUGAUAGUUUUGCCUGACAGCGCGUGUUUUUAGAUCAUAGAAAGGAUUGUCUCGUCAUCGUUUAUAUUCAGGAACACUGUAUUAAAAGGCAUGUCAUCAUGUAAACAACAGCGACAGAAACAAUGACCAAACGUUACGCACUGUAGCUUUAACCGCUGCAUUCAAAUCUACUAUUUUCUGUGGCCUUAUGACAACGAGAAACUAAAGAAGAAGAAGUAAAAAUGAGCACUGUGCAAGACGUAAGCAGGAAUCUGGUAAACCAGAGAUGUCAGAUGGACACUGCAAGGACCAGGGCACAGGAUGAAGAAAGACAUAAAAAAAAAAAAAAGAGUUGGUGUAAAUAACAAGAAACCUCUGGUUUACCAACUAUGUUUCAGACUCAUUGCUUUUACACACGUGGCCUGUGGUGCAUUUGCACAUGUGAAAGCAUCUGACCAACAGUCUAACAGACUAAUACUAGCUCAUAGUCGUCGCUAAACAUGAGUUCAUAUAACUUAUACUAUCUUGAUUGUAGACUUUGUAUCAUAAAAUGAGUCCAUGGUCGAACAAAUUCUACCCUAUGGUUGUCAUUAACGACCGUAGAGGACGAGUGUAAAGUCCUGCUGAAAACUGCUGUAGCUCCAACAGAAGACUGUGACUAAGGAUGAUGGAGGAUCUCCAUCCACAUUUCAUUCACUUCAUUUCAUCCUGUAAUGUACAACAGAGGCAUAAACAGUAUCCACCGGCCUGUUCCGUCACUCUCUGUUUUUCAACUGUUAGUGUAGACCAAUAAUACAUCAGCUGUAUAUAAAAUACACUUAAUAAAGUUUUUGGGUGAAAAAGCACCAUGGACGCAAA